AUGGACCCGGCCGAGACGUUCUGUCUGCACUCCUUCUACUGUUCAUCUUGUGCACAGCGUAUUAUCAUUGCUGCACAUCUGAAAUCGAUUCCACUCACAUUUUCUUAUGUCAAUCUCUCCACCCAAGAGCAGCAUGAUCUCGAAUACACGCAGUCGCUUAACCCCAGCCACAGUGUUCCAACACUUGUCAUUACGGACGAGACAAAGGGCAUCAGGGUCGUGAUUCGGCAGUCGGUCUCGAUUCUAGAGUACUUUGAGGAGCGCUUUCCUGACAGGUAUCCGCUGUUACCCCCCAUUGGCGCGGAAGCCGAAAAGCGCGCUCUUAUUCGCGACUUUACGAAUAUCAUUACCAGCGAUGUACAGCCACCGACCAAUUCGCGCAUCGCCAAGCGUGUGAAAGCUAUUCGGGACCGACUUGAGGAUCAGGUCGACUUUGCCAAGGCUUGCUUUACCGAUGGCUUCAAGGCAUACGAGGCUUUACUUCAAACACAUGGUGGGGAUGGAGGCUUCACCGUGGGUGAUGCAGUCACCAUGGCAGACGUUUGUCUGGUCCCAGCUAUAGAUCAGGCUACCAUUUACAAGAUGGAUAUGGGUUUUGCACCUAGAGUUAUGGAGAUUUACACGAACCUCAAAACCCUGCCCGCUUUUCAGGCAGCGGACUGGAGGGCCCAGGGAGAUACACCAGAGAAGUUUCGUGUUUAA